CAAAGAAUUUAUCAUUGAUGACGAUUUCAACGACAAAAUAUUCGUAAUAGAAACAAACAUAAGCUUGCUUUUUUUAACAACCAUUCUAAAAACAGUAUGGCCCCAAGCAAUAAAAUUCCGGGCAAUCAUUACUGCUGAAGAAACCCCAGCCUGUCUUUCAAUCGAUUUACUUAGCCAAUCUAGAAGAAUUAAAAGACGAAAGGAAAUUUGUACUGAUCCAACCAUGAUCCUUACAUCUCUUUCGGCUUUGAAUCUUUGUCAGCAUUGUGAAGAAGAGUUCACAAUUCAAGCCGGGGAACAUCAAAGCAUUGAUUUAACCUUCAUAUACAUUGAACCAUUUUGUUCAGAUUUUAAAGAUUAUUCAUUAGACCUCGUCAUCACGGAUGUUGAUAGUAAGAUCAAAAUUGAUUGUUUUUACGAAGUGUAUAACAAGAAAUACAAAUCAAAAUGGAUUGAGAUUGAUAUUCAAAUACAAAAUAACAGGCUCCCUUACGGAUUUAGGAUACAUUAUAAAAUGUCGAACCAUUCUUUUCAAAGAUAUUCUACAUACUCGUCUACUUUUGUGGGUAAGGAUAAUAAUCCCAAUAAAAUAUCAGCUUGUUCAAUGGUUUUCCGAAAAUGCUACACGGUAUUCGAUGGACGUGAUUCCUGGGAUAGUGCAAACCGUCAUUGCAAUAAUGGCAAUGAACAUCUUGUGACAAUUGCAUCAAGAAAAGAAAUGAAUUAUGUCCAAUACUUACUUCGAAGUUUAGCGUUUCGGAUAAGCUAUAUUAAUAUAAGCGACGCUGAUAAUCCAUAUUGGAAUGGAGCACAUAUUGGUAACUUUUUCACUUAAAACGUGCUGUUAUCAUAUUAUUAUCUAUUUGUUUUCCUUUUUAACUCUAGGUGUGUGUGCGAAUGCGAUUGUGUGUGUGCACGCGCGUGUGUGUGCGCGUGCGCGUGAGUUAUAUUACAUUAAAUAUCUUUUAAAUAUCUUGUAUUUUUAUCACAAAUUUUGCAAUGUUCUGGUGUAUUGUUUUCAAAAGCAAUA